UUCUUUGAGCUUUUGUACGUUAAUGAAGGGUUUUGAGGUUUUGGUUUAUGAAUUGUUAAUGUCAACUUUCUUUUAGAAAGGGAGUUAAGAUGUGAAAUGAAGAAAAAAAAAAAAAAAAACUUGUCUUUGGGUGGUGAAUGGUUUUUGUUCUGAUCUGGGUUUUAAACAAAUUUUAAAGUUUAAAGGUUUCCCUAUUCUUGUUUUAUUGAAUUAAAAGUGAGGAGAAACAAAUAUGGAUAAUUUUUUUUUCCUUUUGGGUCCAAAAAUGGAGUCUUUUCUAGAUGAUGGGAAAUUGGGAAUUGAUUUCCUUGCUUGUUUUAUGCAGGAAGUUGAAUGCUUUUUUUUUCCUUUAAGUUGGUUGUGAUGAUGGGAAGGUUAAUUUGUUUGCUUUACAUUUUUUCUUUUUUGAUUGAUGGAACCAAGACAAUGGAAAAGUACCAUGAUUUUUCUCGUAUUUAAUCACAGUUUAAUAUGGGGGCGGUAUUUCACCAAGUAAAUUGAGGAUGAAGCUGAUGGGGCCUCAUCAUCACAGAAUGAAAGAUGGAUCAAACAGCAAUUCUUCUAGGACAUCUCCUUCUAGGAUUGAGGAUGCUGAGUUUGUCAACGGUUUAUUAGCCUCUAAGAAUGGAGAUUUUGAUGAAGAAGUUCCAAGCUUUGAUGUUGCACCCGUUAAAAUAUCCAAUGAGGUGGUGUUGGAUUCCAGCCUAUAUGAUCAAAUUUCUAGCCAACCAAAGGAGUCACUUGCAAGGGAGAGCAUUGAAGUGGAUCAUGCUAAAUUGCAGCAAUUCUCAAAGAAUGAUAAUGGUAAUUCCAGCACAAUUCAUCCCAUGAGGACACUAGAAGAUGAAAAUCUUGAUUAUGAUAGUAACGCUAGUUCAUCAAGCUUUGAGUUUCAUAAGGGAGAGAGAGUACACAAUUCCAUGACAAGGUCAUACUCGAGACCUAUGUCAUCUAAGUGGAAUGAUGCAGAGAAAUGGAUAAUGAACAGGCAAAAUGUCCAAGCUGCUUAUGCUAAGAAGAAUGCAUUUCACAACCAAGCUAAUCGAUUUCCCAUGACAAAUAUGGUGCGAGUUGCUCCAGAGUCCGCAAAUUAUGAUCAGAGGUCAGCAGUUAAUCGCAUGGUUGACACUAAGAGGGUAGAUUUAUGUCAGCCGGCUGUGCAGAUGGCAUUCGAGAAGUUCUCUUUUAUUCCUUCUGCAGCUCAUCCUAAGUCUGUGGAAGCAUAUGGAGGAAACUUGUUAAGUAAUCGGUGUCCUCAAAGUAAAGAUUUGAGGGAAGUGGCUCAGAGGGAUUUAUCUUGUACAGAAAGUUCAGCAGAAGAUACAGCAGUUCUGCCUGCAAUACGAUCAGUUUCUAUGAGAGAUAUGGGAACAGAAAUGACUCCUGUUACAAGUCAAGAGCCUUCUAGGACUGCUACCCCUGUAGGGGCAACAACUCCUCUCCGAAGCCCAACGUCUUCAUUCCCAUCUACUCCCAGAAGAGGGGAACCAACAUCAACGCCUUUGGACCACGCUACAGAUGAUGAGUCACAGCAUCCCACUAAUAAUGGCAAGAAAGAAUUGUCCAAGCAAGAAAUGAAGCUCAAGACAAGAAGAGAGAUUGUAGCGCUUGGCGUCCAGCUUGGCAAGAUGAAUAUUGCUGCUUGGGCAAGCAAAGACGAGAAGGAAAACAAUACAUCUGCAGUUGAAACCACUAGUAUAGAGGAGCUUGAGCAGAAUGAAUAUGAAAAACGAGCAGCUGCAUGGGAGGAAGCUGAAAAGUCUAAGCAUACAGCAAGGUAUAAGCGUGAAGAGAUCAAAAUUCAAGCAUGGGAGAGUGAGCAGAGAGCAAAACUAGAAGCAGAGAUGCGAAGAAUAGAGGCAAAAGUAGAACAAAUGAGAGCUCAAGCUCAAGCAAAGAUGGUGAAGAAGAUUGCUAUGGCUAGGCAAAGAUCAGAAGAAAAACGAGCUGCAGCCGAAGCCAGAAAAAAUCGAGAUGCAGAAAGAACUGCUGCUCAAGCAGAAUACAUUCGCCAAACAGGAAGAAUCCCAUCAUCUCGUUGCAUGUGUUGUGGAUGGUUGUCAUAAACUCGUAAUAUAAUAAACAAUGAAUAAAAGCAAAAUUGCUCAUGCUCUUGUACACUUAUGACGAGUAUUAGCGGAUGGUCAAUGAAUUUUGUAUUUAGAAGUGGCCUUAGUUUUUAUGUCUUUACAUCGAAAGAUGAAAUGAAUAGUGCAAUUGAUGCAGAUAAUGCCAAUAGUAUUUUCACACCAUGGGGAGAGACUCUUGUUCCAAAUAAAUCUUGCAUAAAUCCUUCCUUAUCUUUGUUUUUGAAAGGAAAACGAUUACACAAAGGAAGAAGAAAAAUUGCAAAUUAUUGAAGGAGAUCUAAACAUGAAGGAAGAAUCUUGCACGCAUCUGGAAAGUAUCUAAAUAGAAGACUAGUUUCAAGAAUUUAAAGGAAGCAUUUUGGAAAUGA